AUGGCGGUGGACCCGAACCCCAGCUUGGGCUCUCAUGCAGCGGAAAACUUCCCAACCUCACGCGUGCCUAAGAACUAUAUGUACAUGGGGAAUAAUGAAACACCUUUAAUAGACGACGAAACUGCAUUAGUCGGAUUCGUGCGCCAUAAGAACUAUAAACACCAAUUCGGUCUUGCCUGCAUCCUUAACAAUGGUGGCGCUUCCUACAAGCGCAUGUUUGUUAGUCCCAUAUAUGCCGGGCAAUUGUGGAUAGAUACCCUCGGCUGGCGAAAUGAGACGGUACUCAUUAAGAACCGCGGCUAUGGAAAUUUCCCAGUUGCUGCUAUGUGUGCUAAUGUCUAG